AUGCCCACAAAAGAUAGCCUUCUUAUUGCCACCUGGAAUGUGAAUUCUGUUAAAGCGCGACUUCCCCUUGUUGAACGCUGGAUUGAUGAAGCAGAGCCUGAUGUUCUUCUCCUCCAAGAAACAAAAACAAUCGCAGAAGCAUUCCCUUAUGAAAUCUUUGAAGACAAAGGGUAUGGCUUUGCUGUUGUGGGGCAGAAAACAUAUAAUGGCGUCGCUAUCCUCGCAAAAGAGUCUAUCGAAGAUGUGACAACCACUUUGCCAGGAGACACAAACGAUCAAGAAGCUCGCUAUAUCGAAGCCGUCAUUGGAGGGAAACUUCGUGUUGCUUCCGCCUAUAUCCCUAAUGGCCAAGAAGUUGGUCAUGCAAAGUACGAUUACAAACUUAAGUGGUUAGAGCGCUUACGGACACAUCUUCAACAGGUGCUAUCUUAUGAUGAGCCCUUUGUCAUUGGGGGGGACUUUAAUAUCGCCCCAAAAGAUGAAGAUGUUUACGACCCUGUCCUUUGGAAAGACCGAAUUUUGUGCUCUUCUCCAGAACGUCAAGCGUUUCAAAGCCUUCUCCAUAUUGGCCUCUAUGAUAUUGUACGCUUACAAAACCCAAUCCAUGCCCCAAAUGGGAAAGACCUUUUUAGCUGGUGGAAUUACCGCACCCGAGCAUGGGAUAGCAAUUCAGGUUUGCGCAUUGAUCACCUGCUAAUAAAUGCACAAGCUUUGGAUUGUAUAGAACAAGCCUAUAUCGACACAUCUUCAAGGGGAUGGGAACGUCCCUCUGACCAUACAACGGCUGCUCUAUACAAAUCAUUGGAGAAAAAGAUUGGUGCUCCACAGAGGAAGAUGAAGAUAAAAGCCUAG